AUGGCGAAAACUCGACCUGGUGUUGCCUCAAAAAUCAAGCCGGGAAGGAAGGAGCUUGACACGUAUACCAUCAAAGGCACUAACAAAAUUGUUAAAGUGGGAGAUUGUGUGUUGAUGCGACCAUCAGAUGCUGGUAAGCCACCGUAUGUGGCUCGUGUUGAGAAGAUUGAAGCAGAUGCGAGGAACAAUGUGAAGGUUCACUGUCGAUGGUAUUACCGUCCUGAGGAGUCUCUUGGUGGUAGGAGACAGUUCCAUGGAGCCAAAGAGCUUUUCUUGUCUGACCAUUUUGACGUUCAAAGCGCGCACACCAUCGAGGGAAAAUGCAUCGUUCACACCUUCAAAAACUACACGAGGCUUGAAAACGUUGGGGCAGAGGAUUAUUAUUGUCGUUUCGAGUACAAAGCUGCUACUGGCGCUUUUACCCCUGACCGAGUUGCUGUGUACUGCAAAUGUGAAAUGCCGUAUAACCCAGACGAUCUCAUGGUGCAAUGUGAAGGCUGCAAAGACUGGUAUCAUCCUGCGUGUGUUGGCAUGACGAUUGAGGAAGCGAAGAAACUUGAUCACUUUGUAUGUGCUGAAUGUAGUUCUGAUGACGAUGUCAAAAAAUCAAACGGGUUUACUUCAUCUCCAGCCGAUGAUGUCAAGGUCCGUGGAAACAAAGCGCAGAAAAAGAUAAUCGCUGGUUCUCGAGUCGAGGGGAUAAAAGCCAGAGCGGAGAUGGUAAGUUAUAACUCGGAAGCUCUUUGGUGCAGAUUUUAG